AGUGUGGGGGGAGCGUGGACCGCGGCGCGGCGGCGUGACUGCUUUCCCGCGGCGAGGACACUGUGCGGCGGCGCAGCCCCGGGGCCCGCGAAGCCGGAGCAGGCGGCCGCGUCCGGGCAUGGUGGUGUGGGGCAACGCGGAAGAAGCUCCACCAUGAGGCGAGGUGGAUGGAGGAAACGAGCUGAAAAUGAUGGCUGGGAAAAAUGGGGUGGUUAUAUGGCUGCCAAGGUCCAGAAGUUGGAAGAACAGUUUCGAUCAGAUGCUGCUAUGCAGAAGGAUGGGACUUCAUCUUCGAUUUUUAGUGGAGUUGCCAUCUAUGUUAAUGGAUUUACAGAUCCUUCUGCUGAAGAAUUGAGAAAGCUAAUGAUGUUGCAUGGAGGUCAAUAUCACGUGUAUUAUUCCAGAUCCAAAACAACACACAUUAUUGCCACAAAUCUUCCUAAUGCCAAAAUUAAAGAAUUAAAAGGGGAAAAAGUAAUCCGACCUGAAUGGAUUGUGGAAAGCAUCAAAGCUGGGCGACUCCUGUCCUGCAUUCCGUAUCAGCUGUACAACAAGCAGUCUGCUGUGCAGAAAAGUCUCACCUUCAGUGCUGCGUGUAAACCUGAGGAUCCCCUGCCAGGUCCAAGCAGUAUAGCCAAACAAUUCAACAACAGGGUAAAUCACAUAAUUAAGAAGAUUGAGACAGAAAAUGAAGUCAAAAUCAAUGGAAUGAAUAGUUGGAAUGAAGAUACAAGUAAUGAUUUUAGCUUUGUGGAUCUGGAGCAGACCCUUCCAGGAAAGAAUCAGAAUGGAAUUCUGCAUCCCAGAGGCAGCAGUGCCAUUUUUAAUGGACACACUCAUAGCUCUAAUGGUGCCUUAAAGACACAGGAUUGCUCCGUGCCCCUGGGCAACAGUGUUGCCAGCAGGCUUUCUCCAGACUCUGCCCAGGAGAAGGCAGCUGAGAAGAGCAGCGCUGAUUUCAGAGACUGCACGCUGCAGCAGCCGCAGCAGAGCGCCAGAAGCGCAGAUGCAUUGCAGAAUCCUCACAGAACUAGUUCCUUCUCUUCAUCUUUGCACAGUAACAUUAAAAUCAAUGGUGCUCACCAUUCCACUGUUCAGGGGCCUUCAAGCACAAAAAGCACUUCUUUAGUACCUACUGUUAGCAAGGCAGCACCUUCAGUGCCAUCCAAACCCUCAGACUGCAAUUUUAUUUCAGACUUCUAUUCUCAUUCAAGACUGCAUCACAUAGCAACAUGGAAAUGUGAAUUGACUGAGUUUGUCAAUAUGCUACAAAGACAAAGUAGUGGUAUCUUUCCAGGAAGGGAAAAGUUAAAAAAAAUGAAAUCAGGCAGGUCUGCCCUUGUUGUAACUGACACAGUGGUGGACACUGAGGUAAAGAGAGAAGCUCCUGGUUCUGCCCUUACUAGAAAUAUGUCGGUAUUGAGUUCACCCAGACAUCAGAGCUGUAUAAUGCAUGUUGAUAUGGAUUGCUUCUUUGUGUCAGUGGGUAUACGCAAUAGACCAGAUCUCAAAGGAAAACCAGUGGCUGUGACAAGUAACAGAGGCACAGGAAGGGCACCUUUACGUCCUGGUGCUAACCCGCAGCUGGAGUGGCAGUAUUACCAGAAUAAACUCCUGAAAGGCAAAGCAGCAGAUUUACCAGAUUCAUCAAUGUGGGAGACUCAAGAUUCUGUACAAACCAAUGGAAUUGAUUCUGUUUUGUCAAAGGCUGAAAUUGCAUCUUGUAGUUACGAAGCCAGACAAGUUGGCAUUAAAAAUGGAAUGUUCUUUGGGUAUGCUAAACAGCUAUGCCCUAAUCUUCAGGCUGUGCCAUAUGAUUUUGAUGCAUAUAAGGAGGUUGCCAGAACAAUGUAUGAAACCUUGGCAAGUUACACUCAUAAUAUCGAAGCUGUCAGCUGUGAUGAAGCACUGGUCGACAUCACUGAGAUCCUUGCAGAGACCAAACUCACUCCUGAGGAAUUUGCCGAUGCUGUCCGUAUGGAAAUCAAAGACCAAACUAAAUGUGCUGCCUCUGUUGGAAUUGGUUCUAACAUUCUCCUUGCUAGAAUGGCAACUAGAAAAGCAAAACCAGAUGGACAGUACCACUUGAAACCAGAAGAAGUAGAUGAUUUUAUCAGAGGUCAGCUAGUUAUUAAUCUACCAGGCGUUGGACGUACAAUGGAAUCUAAGUUGGCAUCUUUGGGAAUUAAAACUUGUGGAGACUUGCAGUAUAUGACCAUGGCAAAACUCCAAAAAGAAUUUGGUCCCAAAACAGGUCAGAUGCUCUAUAGGUUCUGCCGUGGUUUGGAUGACAGACCAGUUCGAACUGAAAAGGAAAGAAAGUCUGUUUCAGCUGAGAUCAACUAUGGAAUAAGGUUUACACAGCCGAAAGAGGCAGAAGCUUUUCUUCUGAGUCUUUCAGAAGAAAUCCAAAGACGACUCGAGUCUGCUGGCGUGAAGGGCAAACGUCUGACUCUGAAAAUCAUGGUGCGAAAGCUGGGGGCCCCUGUGGAGACUGCAAAAUUUGGAGGCCAUGGAAUUUGUGAUAACAUUGCCAGGACUGUGACUCUUGACCAGGCAACAGAUAGUGCAAAAGUAAUUGGAAAGGCUGCACUAAACAUGUUUCACACCAUGAAACUCAAUAUAUCGGAUAUGAGAGGGGUUGGGAUGCAUGUGAAUCAGUUGGUGCCCGCUAACCUGGCACCCUCCACAUGCUCUAGGCACUCAGCAGCUCAGUCGAGCCACCAUCCUGGUGGACUGCGUUCCGUCCAUGAUCUCUUCCAAGUCCAGAAAGCUCAGAAAUCCACAGAAGAGGAGCACAAGGAAGUGGUCCUGUCUGCUGUGGAUGGGGAUAUGUCGUCUGCCUCUAGAACCUGCACUUUGUUGCCGUCUCUUCCUGCACGUGUGCCAGCGUUUCCCAGUCCUGACACCAGCAGAGCCGAGUCUGCCGGGAAAUGGAAUGGUCUGCAUUCUCCCCUCGGUGUGCAGUCCAGACUGAACCUGAGUAUAGAGGUCCCAUCACCUUCUCAGCUCGAUCAGUCUGUUCUGGAAGCACUUCCACCUGAUCUCCGGGAACAAGUAGAGCACGCCUGUGCUAUUCAGCAAGGCGAGUCCCACGGCCACCACAAGAACCAACCAGCAAAUGGCUGCAAUACCGGAAUUUUGCCACAAGCAGUUGGGACAGUUUUGUUGCAAAUACCAGAACCUCAGGAGUCUAACGGUGAUAUGGGAAUCAAUGUAAUAGCCCUUCCAGCAUUUUCACAGGUGGACCCUGAGGUGUUCGCCGCCCUUCCUGCAGAGCUGCAGAAGGAGCUGAAAGCAGCCUACGAUCCACGGCCACGGCAGGGAGAGACCACCCCUCCCCAGCCCCCAGCCGGCACAUCUGUGCCAAAGAACCCUUUACUUCACUUAAAGCCAGCAGCAGUUAGGGAAAAGAAGAGAAGCAAGAAAAAAAACCCCAUCAGUCCCCACAAGAAGAUCCAGAGUCCUUUGAAAAACAAGCUCAACAGUCCUGCAGCACCGCUGCCAGGGGCCUGUGUGAGUCCCCAGAAGCUAAUUGAUGGGUUUCUAAAGCAUGAGGGACCUGCUGAGAAACUCCCGGAACAUGCUGCUUCCACGUCAGAUGGGCCGGGCCCUUCCAGUCUGCAGCCCGAGUCACGCAGCAGCGGGAGACCCCCAGCACCCAAUCUAGCUGGAGCUGUGGAAUUUAGCGAUGUGAAGAACUUGCUCAAAGAAUGGAUAACCACCAUUUCAGAUCCAAUGGAAGAAGACAUCCUGCAAGUCGUGAAAUACUGUACCGAUCUAAUAGAGGAAAAAGAUUUGGAAAAACUCGAUCUAGUUAUAAAAUACAUGAAAAGGUUGAUGCAGCAGUCAGUGGAAUCGGUUUGGAAUAUGGCGUUUGACUUUAUUCUUGACAACGUUCAGGUGGUUUUACAACAGACUUAUGGAAGCACAUUAAAAGUCACAUAAAUAUUGCCAGGGAGCCUGGGGCUCUCCGCUAGCUGUGCCAUAAGUGCUUGUGAGGUAUUUGCAAAGUGCAUGGUAGUGAUGCUCUGAGUUUUUUUAUAAUUUUAAAUUUCUUUUUAAACAAGUGUUUUGUACGUUUCUUUUCAAAAAGUGCCAAAUCUGUCCGUAUUGCAUGUAAAUAAUGGUGUUAAUUCUUUUACUGUAGCAUAGAUUCUAUUUACAAAACGUUUGUUUAUAAAGUUUUAUGGAUUUUUACAGUGAAGUGUUUACAGUUGUUUAAUAAAGAACUGUAUGUAUAUUUUG